AUGCAAGGGGCAAAAUCAGUAAGAGCAUCACACAUCCUACUAAAAUCUACACAAUCAAGAAACCCUUAUGACAGGGUUAGAGACAAAUAGGUCACUAGAUCUGAUGCUGAUGCAGAGAAAGGAAUCAGAGAAAUCAGAGCCUAAGUUGAAAACAAUUUAAACUUAUUUGCUAAAAUAGCCUAAGAGAGAAGUGAAAAACGAUAGUGUUCUUCUUGUUAAAAGGGUGGGGAUUUAGGUGACUUUACAAGGGGAUAAAUGUAAAAGUAGUUUGAGGAUGUGGCAUUUGCAUUGAAAGUUGGAGAGUUGAGUCAACCAGUAAAAAGCGAUUCAGGAUGGCACAUCAUUCUUAGAACAGGUUGA